AAAACCGUCUCUCUCCUCGUGUCCCGCGAUUAUUUCGGGUUGCUUCUUCAUCGUGGCCCUUAUUCUUCGUAGCAGGUGUAGAAACUACAAAUUUUUCUUUCGAAUUUCGAUUCUCCCAUCUCUCCUCAUCCCCACUUUCUCUCUCUAGAAGACUUGAUUCUAUCCCAAACAGUUUCUCUACAGGAGGAUCAUUUGUCCUUGCAAUCACUCUCUCUCUCUAAAAACUUGAGAGCAGUCCCCGACCCUCUCUCUUCAGGCAGAUCAUCUGUUGUUGCACUCCCUCUCUCUAUAAACUGGAAAAUAUUCCCCAACUCUCGAUCUCCUGAGUUAGAUGAUUUGUUCUUGCAGUCUCUCUCUCUCCAACAGUCCAAGUCUCUUUAAGUAUUGAGUUUGUUGAGGAAAUGGGUCUUCUUUCUCUCUCCUGAAAUUGUUUUAAAAAAUGGCUCUGCAUCAGAGGAUAAUAGUGGUGGUGGAGGAUGAGGAGGUAGCAAGAACUGCUCUCCAAUGGGCUGUUCACAAUAUAUUCCGAAAUGGCGAUUUCAUAACUCUCCUCCAUGUUUUUCAACCCACCACCUCUCUUCUCCCCAAAAACACCAUCACCCCAAGUGCCAAGAAGAGAAGCAAGGUGUCUGCAAGCGCAAAAGAGAGAGAGAGGCUCACGAGAUUAAAGGGUUUUCAGCUCGCUCUCUCUUUCAAGGAUCUCUGUAACAAAAUUCCUGAGGCGAAGGUGGAUAUAAUAGUAACAGAAGGGGAAGAAGGACCCACGAUUGCUUCCUUGGCCAAAGAGAUCGGAGCUUCAGCCCUUAUUUUAGGCCUCCACGAUGGCAGCUUCCUCUACAGGGCGAGGUGGGGAGAUGAGCAGUUGAAUUGUCGGGUUCUUGCUAUAAAGCAGCAGCACCGUCAUCUUCCCGAGAAAGGUUUCUCCCAUGUUCAGGUUGUGAGCUUGUCAGAGCCCAAAGGCUUGUCGCAAACGCUGCCCGGUCCCCUCAAAACCAUUUGGAAAUCAAGGAAGGCCCUCUGAUGGAGGAUUUUGAGCCAAUGCAAUGGUCACAAUACAUCCGCAAAAUUACAAUCUGAGCUGGCCGAGCGAUUUGGAUAAAUGGAAUGGUUAGGAGUGAGAUUAAGAAGUUAAUUGACUUUGAUUAAUCUCAAAGGAUUAUUAAAAGAGGAAGAUAAGGGGGAGAGCUUUCACAUGACGUUGGUCGUUACGAUGGUUGUAUGUGGCUAAGUCAGAUUUUGUGGUCCAUGGCCCCCUCUCACCUGCUCCUCAUCUGAAUUUAUUAUAAAAUGUAUGUUUUAUUUUAUUUAAUUAACCUGCUUUCUCAUUUAAUAAGUUCAAUGAGAAUUGAGUGGCUCAUGUGUGGCCAUUAAUGUGCACGUCCUCUUGUAUGGCAAGCAAGAAUGUGAGAGCUUCACAUGAAAAUAUGUUCUUCUUUUUUUCUUUUAUUUUAUCUUUCAUCUGGUGCUCAAA